CGAUUCCCCUCUUGCCCACCCACCUUAAUUAUCGCGGUUUUCCCUCUAUCACACUCCAAAUCUAACCACCCAAAAGCUUUAGAAAUAUCACAACCAGCUCCAAUACACGAGCAUCUCACAUCCUGACAAAUCUCGACUUUCCAAUGCCCGCCAAACAUAGCCACGAAAGUAUUGGAUCCUCACGAGAGUCACCGGUACUGGAAGAAGCCAUCUCCUCUAGCCAUGAACCUCCUACUAAGAAGCAAUUAGAUCAGAUCUACAGACAUCUCGACUACCGGAUCAUCCCUGCCAUGUGGGUGUUGUACUUUCUCACCUCCUUCGGAAGCUCCGCCUACGGCAACACCCUCACCAUGAACAAGGCCCAGGGUCACUCGCUCGUGCAAACCCUAGGUCUUACCUCGCACCACACAGCGACGGCCUCUGCGUUGUACUAUGUCGGAUACAUCAUCUUUGACGUGCCAAUGAACCUCGCCAUGACCAAGCUCCAACCCCAAAUCUGGCUCUCGAGAAUUGUCAUGACUGUUGGGCUUGUAUAUGCCUGCUAUGCUGCUUUAUCCAAUGCCAGGGGGGUAAUGGCGAUCCGCUUCAUCUCCGGCAUGUGCGGAGCCGGUACUUGGCCUGGUUUGAGUUACUACAUUUCCUUGUGGUACCCUAACGAUAGAUCGGCCAAGCGAAUUGGCUAUUACUUUACAGCAGCCCAGAUUAGCGCUGCAGUUGCGGGUUUACUUGGGGCUGGGUUCCAAAAGCUCGACAUGGUUCACGGAUUACAGGGCUGGAAGUGGAUGUAUCUCGUUUACGGUGUAAUUACCGUUGCCGUGGGCAUUUCCUUGGUCUGGUGGUUACCUGACCGUCCUAUUGCGGUAUUUGAAGCCUCCAAAGACGCAAAACAAGGCUUUUUCGCCCGACUUACCUCACCUAUCCAGCCCUUGACCGCGGAAGAGCGGGUGAUGCAUAUGCAAGACAUGACCGGCAGAUACACCCGCAUCACCUACAACUUUAAAGACAUUUGCAAUAUCUUGCUUGAUGUACGUACCUGGCCGCUUGUGAUCUGCUACUUUGGGGCCGUGGGAGCUGGAUUUGGGUUGGCGGUAUUUGGAACCACGAUUAUUAUGACCAAUAACCCGUCGCUUUCCUCCAUUAACGUCUCCUUAUUGUACGCUCCCAUUUGGUUGUUCGAUCUUGCGGCAAUCUUGCUUAUCACUCCGUUUGCUGACCGGUUCAAGCAAUACCGCUACUUGUUUUUCCUGGGCGGAUCCGCUAUUGUAAUCACCGGAAUGUUUGUAACCACCUUUGCCCAUGGGCCGUGGAACAAGUACGCGGGUUUAUUGAUUGCCGGCUUUGGGUUGGGCCCUACCGUUCCAACGGUGAUGGCGUGGGCGGCAGAGAUCUUUGCUCCAAAGUACGGCGACGUUGGCUGUGCCGUGAGCGCGGCAUUGGUGUCGGGCUUGGGGAACUUAGGGUCCGUCACUGCAACUUACGCAUUGUACUCUGGCUGGCCAGAAGACAAGGCCAGGCUCUAUAAGUACUCCAAUAUGAUGUUGGUGGUGAUGUUGGGAGUUGGGAUUCUCAGCGCCUUCUUACUCCAGGGGUUGAGAUAUUUCCUCGGAGACCUCAACCCUGAGACAGAAAAGAUGAGCGUGGAGGGUGAAAAGGAUUAGGGAAGGAUUUUAGUACAUUAAUAUAUGUAUUUGUUA